AUGGCCGUCUCCGCGCUGUUCAUCCUAGACCUCAAGGGGCGGGUCAUAAUCUCGCGCGACUACCGAGGGGAGGUGCCCAUGUCGACGGCCGAGCGGUUCAUAACCAAGCUGAACGAGCUGGAGGAGUCGGGUGCCCUGAGCCCCGUGGUGGCGGACGACGGCGUGUCGUACGUGUGGGUGCAGCACUCCAACCUGUACCUGAUGUGCGUGACGCGGCGCAACCUCAACGCCGCGUCCGUGGUGCUGUUCCUGCACCGCCUGGUCGAUGUCUUCACGGAGUACUUCGAGGAGCUGGAGGAGGAGUCGCUUAAGGACAACUUUGUCAUCGUGUACGAGCUGCUGGAUGAGGUCAUGGACUAUGGCUACCCGCAGUUCACAGAAGCCAAGAUCUUGUCGGAGUACAUCAAAACAGAUGCGCACAAGAUCGAGGUUCAAGUCAAGCCCCCAAUGGCGGUGACCAAUGCCAUAUCUUGGCGUUCGGAAGGGGUCAAGCACAAGAAGAAUGAAGUGUUCUUGGACGUCGUGGAGAGCGUGAAUCUGCUGGUAAACACCAAUGCAAUGGUGGUGCAGUCUGAGGUUGUUGGGGUCCUGAAGAUGCGUACAUUCCUGAGCGGAAUGCCGGAAUGCAAGCUGGGUUUGAAUGACAAGGUCUUGUUCCAGAACCAGGGUCGUGGCUUGCACAAAGCAGUGGACCUCGAGGACAUCAAAUUCCACCAGUGCGUUCGGCUGUCGCGGUUCGAAAACGACCGGACAAUCUCCUUCAUCCCACCUGACGGCAACUUCGACUUGAUGUCCUACCGCCUGAGCCAAAAUAUCAAGCCGCUCAUCUGGGUCGAGGCCACCGUCGAGCGGCACAGUCGGAGCCGGACUGAAUACCUGGUGAAGGCACGCUCACAGUUCAAGGAGCGAUCGGUCGCAACAGGUGUACAGAUUCUGCUUCCGCUUCCCCAGGAUGCGACCGCGCCCAUUGUUAGAACCUCUCAAGGCACAGCCAACUACGCACCUGAGAAAGAGGCGCUUGUGUGGAAAAUUAAGAGCUUUCCUGGGGGCAAGGAGUAUCUUCUGAGGUGUAAGUUCAGCCUGCCGUCGGUACAAGCUGAAGAAGACGCGGGGGGGAGGAUGCCCCCCAUCAGGGUGCAAUUUGAAAUCCCAUACUACACCGUGUCGGGCAUCCAGGUUCGGUACCUGAAGGUGAUUGAAAAGAGCGGAUAUCAAGCCUUGCCAUGGGUUAGGUACAUCACGGUUGCUGGCAACUACGAGAUCCGAAUGAUUUGA